AUGGUGAUGGACGAGGUCGUGAGAUUCCCACGAAGGACGGCCAUUAGCGGCGGAAAAUGGCGCUUCGUGGGCCACGGUGGCGCUCCUUUCGCCGGCAGGAGACUGCGCUCUCCCGCUUUCAAGCCAUUUGGACUCGAACUAAAGUUCUCCAUUGAGAAGUUGCUCCCUCUCACUUUUCUCUUUGGGAUGUCACGUUGCAGGAAUCUGGUUGCUAGCCCAUAUGUCCCCGCGCGCCUAUUUAAAGCUCAACCCCAGCGAAGAUUUCUCCGCAGCGAAAUCAAAAUGCACGUGUCUAUACCUCACCAUUUCAACCAGAUUCCCCUGCCACCCCCCGCAACAAAGCUCGUUCCCUUCACCCCGGCCACGGCCACGGCCACCUCCAUCUCCUACCCUCACCGCCGCCUCGCCUCCACCACGGCCACCGUGACCUCCACCACCAUCCUUAAACCACCUUCCACCGAACCCAUCAGCACCCCCUUACCCACCGAUUCCAUCGCCACCUCCUUCUGGGACUACCAAAUGCUCUUCCUCUCCCAGCGCUCAGAAACACUACACCCCAUCCCCCUCCCCAUUUCCGACGGAUCAAUCCCCUCCGACUUCCCCGUCGGCACAUACUACCUCGCCGGACCCGGCAUCUUCUCAGACGACCACGGAUCGACCAUCCACCCUCUCGAUGGCCACGGCUACCUCCGCGCCUUCGAAUUUCGCGACGCUGGUGCGGUGCGGUACUCCGCGAGGUAUGUUGAGACGGAUGCAAAGAAGGAGGAGAGGGAGGAGGAGACGGGGGAAUGGCGGUUCACGCAUCGAGGGCCCUUCUCGAUGUUGAAGGGAGGGAAGAGGGUCGGGAAUACGAAGGUGAUGAAGAAUGUGGCGAAUACUGCUGUGGUCAGAUGGGGUGGGAAGUUAUUGUGUUUGUGGGAAGGUGGGCAGCCGUACCAGAUUGAUGGCAGGACGUUGCAGACCAUCAGCCCCAUUGCUUUGAUUCCUGAUGGAGAUCAGGUUGGUUGCCGCCGAUGGCCAAAAUUGCCGGAGGUGGGCUUCGAUUUGGCCGCCGCUCUGCUCCGACCGGUGCUGCACGGUGUUUUUAAGAUGCCACAAAAAAGAUUGCUGUCACAUUAUAAAAUAGAUGAGAAGCUGAACCGUCUGCUCAUUCUUUCUUGCAAUGCUGAAGAUAUGCUGCUCCCUCGCUCCAAUUUUACUUUCUAUGAAUUUGACAGCAAUUAUGAGCUGAAGCAGAAAAAAGAGUUCACCAUUUGUGAUCAUCUCAUGAUCCAUGACUGGGCUUUCACUGACAAUCACUACAUUCUCAUUGGCAAUCGUAUCAAACUUGAUCUCCAAGGAUCAAUGCUAGCAGUGUCUGGUCUUUCUCCUAUGAUUUCUGCACUCUCAGUAAAUCCCAGCCAAUCAAAAACCCCCAUUUACCUCCUUCCAAGAUCUGGAAGCUCAGUACAAAAGCUCAGAGAUUGGAAAGUUCCCAUUGAAGCACCAUCUCAGCUAUGGAUUUCUCAUGUUGCCAAUGCAUUCGAGGAAAAUGACGAUGAAGAUUCAGGCGGCGGUGUUAGGAUUCGAGUCCAUGCCUCAGCUUGCUCUUACCAGUGGUUUAACUUUCAGAAAAUGUUUGGUUAUAAUUGGAGGAACAGGAGGCUGGAUCCAUCUUUCAUGAAUAAAUCAAAAGGCAAUGAGACCCUGCUGCCACACCUUGUUAAGAUCUCCAUUCACUUGGAUGCAAGCGGAGAGUGCCGGUCCUGCACUAUUGCCAACUCCUCAAGCAAAUGGAGCUGGCCGGCUGACUUUCCGGCGAUCAACGGAGCCUUCGCUGGCCAAAGAAAUAAGUUCAUGUAUGCUGGCACGGCUUCAGGAACAAGAAGGUUCUUGCCUCAUUUUCCCUUCGACUCGGUGGUGAAGAUAAACUGCUUCGAUGGCACGGUAUCCUCUUGGUGCGCAGGUAGAAGAAUGUUCAUCGGAGAACCCAUUUUUAUCCCCAAAGUUGGUGCAGUGGAAGAAGACGAUGGCUAUAUUCUAACUGUAGAGUAUGCAGUUUCGAAGCUGAGAUGUUAUUUGGUGAUAUUGGAUGCAAAGAGAAUUGGGAGAGCCAAUGCGCUUGUGGCGAGGCUGGAUGUUCCCAAGCAUCUUUACUUCCCUCUCGGCUUCCAUGGAUUUUGGGAUGAUUUCACACAUAUAUAA